UCUCGCAGGGGGUACUCGAGGGACACCGAGGGCAGCUGGUUCCGCUCCCUCUUCGUGCACAAGGUGGACCCCCGCAAGGACGCCCAUUCCAACCUCCUCUCCAAGAAGGAGACCAGCAACCUCUACAAGAUCCAGUUUCACAACGUGAAGCCGGAGUGCCUGGACGCUUACAACAGCCUGACCGAGGAGGUGCUGCCCAAGCUCCACCUGGACGCCGAUUACCCCUGCGACCUGGUGGGGAACUGGAACACAUGGUACGGCGAGCAGGACCAGGCAGUGCACCUCUGGCGCUUCUCGGGCGGGUACCCGGCCCUCAUGGACUGCAUGAACAAGCUCAAGCAGAAUAAGGAGUACCUAGACUUCCGCAAGGAGAGGAGCCGGAUGCUGCUGUCCCGCAGGAACCAGCUGCUCCUGGAGUUCAGCUUCUGGAACGAGCCACUGCCGCGCCAGGGGCCCAACAUCCCGGGGACCAUGAUCGAAUGGGGCAACAACUG